GCCUGCGUUAUUUUGCCAGAUAUACGUAUUUCAAUUAAAAAAAUUAAAAAGUCGAAUGCAGGAGAAAUAAUAUUGGAAGCAGUCCGGUUUAAAAAUGUCCAUCCAUUCUUUACAGCUCCAUUCACUUCAUUAGCUCUAGGAAUAGCACUUUCGGAUUCAUUAUCUGAAGAAAUUGAAGAAUUUAAAGCAGAUGAUGUAGCAUAUAAAUUGAUGUUGCUCCCUUCUUCACAAAAUUUUCUACUAUUGCCUUUAUUAAAUAGCUGCACUUUUUAAUAGAUAACAAAAAACAAAACGAAUAUAAAAAAAAAUAUAUAAUAUAAAAAAAGCCAAAUAUUUAUAUGAAAAUGACUCAGCAACAACCAAAUCAGAUAAGACAAUUUGACUUCAAAGAGAAUGAAAUAAUAUUUUAUGAUUCGCAAAUUCAUUCCGAAAACAACUAUAGCGGCAGCAGCAAUAACAACAACUAUCUCAAAACCAAUAAUAAUACCAACUUCCCCAACAGCAAUAGCAAUAACAAAACUUGUGAAAGKUGCAAAUCUUUGGAGGCUAAAAUUGACGAUUUGAACACCAAAUUUGACAACAUGCUAGAUUACCUUAAAAAAAUGAUGGAAGUUCAGGCAAAGCAAGGCGCCCAAUUAAGCGUUCUUGCUAAUAAGGACGCAGAUAUGAGGAAUUUGAGCAAACUCUUCCCUAUAAAAACCAUUGAAGAAAUGGAAAGCKUCAAUAACGCCAUAAAUGAGGUGAACAUCAAUGAAUAUAUUAACGCAAUAAAACACCUAUUAAAGGGGGAUCCUGAAAAGCACUUUGAGGAAAUUAUCUCCAGAUCUAUGUGCAACGAAGUCAAUGUAGGCGGCGUCCAUGGCAAGAUUUGCCUAAAAAAAUAUACUUCCUUGUAUGAUGCGAUUAUAAGUGGAUUGUCGGCGACGUCAGAAAAGCCCGAUAAGCAACUAUCGAAAUGCCUCCACAUUGUUAAAAAAAGGCUGUAUAGAUUGACCACAGUUAAUAAACUAAAAAUCGGAAAUAACUAA